ACCGUUCUCACACCACCUAAACCCUCGCUGAAGGCCGCGUCACCCUUUCCGCCCAAAUCGGAGCCUGUUGAGGACCAUCUUGGUCAGCAAGCAUUCUAGCACGUGCCUUCUUUGCUCUUCCCAUUGACCCCGCGCAACGCCUCGGCACCGACAAAGCCCUUUCCCGAAGAAAGGCCAAGACGCGUGUUCGACCUCGACCUGGCUUCCUAGCCAGACGAGGACAACGCGCUCCAAAGCGGAUCGCAGCCUUUUGUAAGGGGCUGCGAUUCGCUACCUCUGUGCAUGGCUCCAACAUUGCUGGACUGCUGGGCGUGCCGAGACCUACAGCGCUUUCGCGCUGUGCUCAAAGGCACACAAUUGCCCAGCGGAAAAGGCGACGGACCUUCUCCAUCGCCGCGCUCUCCUGCGCAUCGAUCCUUCAGCACCAGCGUAGGGACAGCAGCUGGAGUGCCAUGUCCACCCUCGGAGGUCAAUCGCAGAGACCAUCUGGGAAGGACAGUCCUUCAUUUCAUAGCUUCCUGCACCGAGCCAUGGGGCCAGGAUUGGCUGGUUGCAGUGCUUGCGCAUCCUGGACUGAACGUCAAUGCUGCCGAUGGUGAAAAUGGCUGGACGCCCCUGCAUCGCGCCCUGUAUCACGGAAACAUACUUACUGCACAGCUUUUACUCAGGCGUGGUGCCGGUUCGGGAGCUGCAGACGGCCGUUUGAAGGACUAUGAGGGCCUAACGCCCUUCGAUUUGUACAACUCCACAGUGACCGGCUCGGCUCCGUCCCCAGGGGAAGCGGGAGGAAAAGCUGUUGGUCCGGCCGCAAGAAUACCUCCUGGAGAGCUGUAUGCGUGGGGUGCCAAUCGCAACUACUCUCUUGGUCAUGGCGAUGGAUCGGACAGAGCAUUGCCUGAGCGAGUCAGGGUGCUGCGCCCGGAAGACGCAGAGCGCGCAGCGGUGGAGCCAGGUCAUUAUUUCAAUCGCAUCGGUAUCAAGGACAUCGUCAUGAAUAAGUACACAACUUACGUGCUGACAGACGAGACCAGCUCCAAUGUGCGGUGUGCGGGCGUAGGAGGAAACGGCAGAUUGGGACGCUCGUCCUCCACCCAGACCAAGCUAGAAACCCUCAAAGAUUUUCACGAGCGCGCAGUCGCCAUCUCGGUUGGUGACGAUCACACCUGCAUCGUCACUGAAACGGGACAUUUGUACACCUUCGGUCACAACAAAUUUCAACAGCUGGGCUUCGUCAUUGAGCAUGGACAAGGAACAGUCGGAUCCACUCAGGUCCCUCGCAGCGUGAGCGGAACUAGUGUCGCCACCUUUGGCGGGAUAACAUCCGGCCCACCAAUCCCUGCAUCGAGUCUUGAUGUGCAAAUAAGCCCCAGAAGAGUUGUCGGAACGCUCAAGAAGGAGGAGGUGCUGGGAGUAGCUGCGGGUAAGCUUCACACGGCUGCAUUCACAGCCGACGCUCUCUACACGUGGGGCACCAACACGGGCCAGCUGGGGUACGACCGCAACGCAUCGGCAGUGCAAGUCACCCCGAGGAAGGUGACAGCCAUCACAGCAGCCCAGAAAAUUCGGAAUCUUGCAGUCUCAAGCUUCGCUACCGCCUGUCUACUGCAUUCCGGAGACGUCCUCAUCUUGCACAAUGACAGCCACUUCGUGCUUCGCUUCCCGCAACCGGGCUUCAGCAGCGACAUGUCCGUCUUCAGACCUCGACAAGCCCGUCCCAAGCCUCUCAUCAAGAGGCUCGUCUCGGGACCCAACAACCAAUUUGCUGCGAUCUCUGACAUGGGCGACGUCUUCACAUUUAGCUUUGGUCAUCCUUCCGAGUACGGCAGCGGCUCCAUUACCUCUGGUAAUGUCGCCUCAGCCAAGCAGUUGGGCGUGAAGCCACAGCUCAUUUGGUCAGUCCGCAAGAACAAGAAGAUCGGAGCAGCCGAGGACGUGUCGCUUGGCCAAGGCUCAGACUUGAUCUUGACCACCGAGUCCGGCCACGUAUUUGUUCGAUCUCGUCCGUCGGAUGUGCAAGGUAGUGGCAGCGGCAGCGCAAAGGGCAAGGCUGGUUGGCGGCCCAUACCCUUCCUGCAGCGUGUCAUCAAAGUUGCAAUGAACGAGAGUGGAGGCUACGCUGCGAUCAAGGCAGAGGUGCAGUUGAGAGAGAUAAAGCCUCGGGGUCGAUCGCUUCCUGACGAUCUUCUCGACUUGCUUCUCCAUCUCAAGGCGCCCAGUCAGCAUGGCCAAGGCUACGAUGCGAUGCGCGACAUAACUGCGGAAGUCACGCAAUUCGGUCUGUUGAGCGGCGAAGACGAAGGAGGUGUUUCUGACGAGGAGUAUGAUUCCGACAGUGAUGUCACUGGCACUGCUACGGAGAAUGCGGUCAAGACAGCUAAGCUGAUUGGCGAGGCCGUGCGUCGUUGGAACAUCGACGGCGAGAGCAACCCUCGACUUGGAGCCUUCAGUCUUGCGACUCCGCCUUUCGGUGUCGAUCUAUUCGUGAUUGCCGGGAAACAGUACAUACCCGCACAUCGAGCGAUGGUCGCCUCUCGUGUUCCGCUCCUCUCCGCCGCCUUUGAGCGCCGAUGCAGCAACGAGCACACCAAUCUUCCACGUGCGGUGAGGGUCAGGACACCUAGCAUCGGUGUCGCAACGCUGGAGCUCCCUGACUGUUCGUUCCCGACGGCACUUUUCUUGCUGCAAUAUCUAUACUCGGACGAGCUCCCGGCUGUAUGGACCACGAGCAUUGGCAUGCAGAUAGACAAACACUACUCCGCCGCCGGCAUCGAUCGAGCACGCGUCCGAUCCGAGCUGCAAGGCUUGGCAGACCUGCUUCAGCUGCCGGCUUUGAAACCGGUCAUCGUCUCGCCAGUCCCGCGCCUGCCUACACCAACGCUUCGGCGCGACUGUGCAGCCUUAUUCCGCAACGGAGUGGACGUCGAACCAAGUCAGUCAGCAUUUCACGAUGUUGAGCUUCAAGUCAAGGACAGGGUCGUUCCCGCUCAUUCGGUGCUGUUAAGGCGGUCGCCGUUCUUUGCAGCGUUGUUUCAGCCGGACUGGACGUGUGCGCGAUGGCGCGACGGCAAGAUCGUGGUGGACAUGUCCCACAUGCGCUGGGACGUGUUCCGCAUACUGAUCGAGCACAUCUACACCGACCGAACCACGGAACUCUUCGCUGGCACGGAUCAGGACCUCAAGCUGGACAGCUGGAUCGAUUUUAUUACGGAGGUGCUUGGCGCAGCGAAUGAGAUGUUGCUCGACAGGCUAAAGCUGGUUUGCUGCGCUUUGCUCCGUCGUCUCGUCCUUCCAAACAACGUUGCCUCCCUUCUAAGCAGCGCUGAAUUUUAUCACGCGAUUCCACUCAAGGAUGCCUUGAUGGACUACAUGGCAAGGACGAUGGAGACCCUCUUGGAGCGCGCCAUGCUGGAGGAGUUGGAGCCACGGCUAGUGCGCGAUCUUACCGUGUUUGUUCGCCAACGCCAAGACGACCGCAUGCACCGAUCUCAGGCGAGCGACUACGUCACCGCCCUAGUAGUAAAGCAUCAGGAGUACUUUGACUCUUUGGACCUUCCUCCGCCUUCGCUUCACCUUCUCAGUCAGCGCAUUGGCAAGCGCGCACCCAGGUCACCAACGCAUCGACCCGUCUCGGUGCACGAGGACGUCACUCCUUCCCGCGCGUCGACCAAGCCGCGCGGCUCUCGUUCGCCUGCAGUCAGUCCAGAGCUGAAGCCGGUCGUCUCCUCUCUCACCCCUGCGUCUUCAUCGAACGCGAACGACAGCGGCUUCAUGUUCUCAAUGGAUGACGAUGAUGGCUCAAUGGCCCAAGACCUUCAACAGGCCAGUCCAAGCCUGGCUGCGGUUGCCACGCGCGCUCUGAAGACGACUCCUUCAGACUUUUCCCUCGGAUCUUCGCGUGGUUCUCCGAGCCUCGGAGCCUGGAAAGCGCCCACCGUCCAAGCAGAAAAGGGCAAAAUGGCAAGUCAAGCUGACGAAGAAGCAAGCACGUUCACGAAGCAGACAGGAAUCAACCUCAGGAACAUCAUGGCUGCCGAGCAAGCACGACGACCCUCAGGGACUGCAUCCAUUCUGAACAGCGCCUCCACCUCUGCACUACCAUCAGGAAGCUCGACGCCGGUGCGAACGUCGAGCAGCAGCAAUGUCGCGGGCAUCGAGAGCGGUGUGUCGGGCUUGACCAUAUCUGGGAAACUUUCGCAGCGCGAUCGACGCAAACAGUCCAUUCAACAACAGCAGCCUGCCGCGGCCUCUUCGCCCACGCCGGCUCCCGCUACGCCAAAUCGGCCCGCAGGCAAUCCAUGGGCUAAUAGCACAGCGAGCAUCUCUACGAGCAGCGACAGAUGGUCUAGUGGUACACCAGGCUCUGCUUCGCCGUGGCGGACGCCGGCCAGCGAUCAAGUCGUCACUCCGCUCUCUCUUGGUCCUUCAUCACAAGGCGAAGGAGGUCUUGGCGCCCCCGGACGGCCGCCCUUUGUGCCACGAGCAUCCUCGGGGCUGCAACAGUCCCUCUCGCAGACUUCUAGCUCCUCUCUCGGUCCCACAUUCACGCCCCAGAAGGGCGUUGCAAAGGCGGCACAGCGCCGUGGAGCUGGCGGAGAUAGUCCUUGGGGCGGCUCGCAUGCCAACGCAGGAGAUCUGUUUGCAACGUCACCGCCAGCUAGCAGUUCAUCGCUGGCGCUGGAUUCCAGGACUCCUCCAUCCACGUCGGGUCCGCAGUCCUUCGCUGCAAUCCAGGAAGAGGAGCGCUCAAGAGCAGAACAAGCCGUGGCUGCUACUGAGACCAUGAAGCGUACGACUUUCGCCGAAUUGAUCGAACAGGAUCGCCUUGACAACGAAAAGCGCAGCAAGGAAGACCGCGACAGGGAGGCCUUUGAAGCCUGGUUCGAAUCCGAGUCCCGAAAGGUGCAAUCUCAAAUGCCGAAUCCCAACGAAGGCGGUAAACGCUCCAACAAGCCCAGCGGUAAUCGAGGGCGGGGACGCGGCAAAGGCGGCAGCUCUAGGAAUGAUGCGCAAAAGCCCGCCAAGGCCGAAGGCGGCGCCUCGCACAAGGAAGCGGGCUCAAGUGCCGGGACGACCCACAAGCCCAAAGGUCGCCGAGGUGGAGCUAAAGCGCAGGGAGAGACCUUGAGAGCUGCUCAAGCCACCGAUCAAGCCACCGAUGCCCCUUCCGUGCCCGUUGCCGAAGCGAAUGACUGAAGUGCCAUAUUUCUUUUCGCUGUUGCUCCUGCAUGUCAUGUGCAGCUUCCCUCUUGCAUCGCUGCCAUUGAUGCAAAGACCAUUCCCAAGAUCUCGAUUGUGAAGGCCCAAGCCAGAGGCUACGAAUGCCCCGCCUUUACCUUUCUGUACCAUAUACAAGACUGUAAAUUUCUAGGAUUGCAAUAGACGUUCAAACC